ACACCCAUAAAACACGUGGUGUGAGAACUGAGUCUGAGAAAGAAUGCAAAGUGAUUCAGUUAUAUGGGAUGCUAUUAACAAUGGUUUCUGCUCAUUUAAAACAAAAAUCACGUCUAACACAUUUUGUCGUCAUACCUACAACCUAACAGGAUUAUGCAAUAGAACAGUUUGUCCUUUAGCCAACAGUCGCUAUGCCACUAUAAGAGAAUUCUAUGGUAAAGUGUAUUUGUGUAUGAAGACAAUUGAGAGAGCACACCAACCUUCAAAAAUGUGGGAAAAAAUAUUGUUAUCAAAUAAUUUUGAGACGGCACUAAAACAAAUUGAUACCAAUUUGAUUUAUUGGCCAAAGCACAUGAUUCAUAAGUGUAAGCAAAGGUUCGCAAAAAUAACUCAAUAUUUGGUUAGAAAGAGAAAGCUAAAGCUCAAAACUCAGAGGAAGAUUAUCCCUUUAAAUAGAAAAGUGGAAAAGAGAGAAAAAAGACGUGAGGAUAAAGCUUUGGUGGCUGCUAGGAUUGAAAACUCAAUUGAGAAGGAAUUAUUAGAAAGACUAAAGAAAGGGACGUAUGGAGAUAUUUAUAAUAUUGAUCAUAAAGAGUUUGAGAAGGCACUCAAUGAAGAGGAAUCAGAAGAUGAGCAAACAAAAGGCAAAGAAGGUGAGGAUGAAGAUGAAGAUGAGUUUGUUCCUGACGAUGAAGACAUUGAAGAGAGUGACAUAUCAGAUAUAGAGGAUAUUGGGUACACAUCAAGUGAAGAGGAGGAGGAGGAGGAAGUGGUAAAGGGUAAAGGAUCAUCUCGCACAAAAAGAAAAAGACAAUUAAUUGAAAUAGAAUAUGAAACAGAGCAAGAGCCACCUGCUAAGAAUAAAGCUACUACAUUUUAAUAACUAAAACUGGUUAAUAAAGUAUU